AUGGCGUCUCCUGUGGUGAUCGCGCUUUAUCGGGCGUUACUGCGCUCCACGCAGACGCUGCAACGCGACGUGGAGGCUGGCAAAACGCUGUAUGACGCUGUCCGUUCGGGUGCAGUUGCCUCGUACGCCGGCGUCAAGACCGAUUGGCAACGCGAGCGUGCGUUCGUGCGGCGUUUGGAGGACAUGGAGGUGCUGACGCGACGAGGUAGAGGCGACAGGGCUUUUGCAGCAAUUGUGCGCGCAGGAUUCGCACCACCGGUAGAGGGCAAAGCUGCGGUGGACGCUCGGAUCGAUGCCGCUUUCGACGCGCUGAAGCGUGUAGACGACCACAACGCGCUUAUCCAGGAGUUCAAAGACCAAAGCAUUUUUGGACCCAAGGAACGCACGAAUGCGAUUGAGUUUCUAGUUGGAGACGUGGUUGAAGUGAAAGGUGAAAAGCGAGGAGUGGUUUUCGCCUGGCACGUGACCACAGAUGCAGCAGAAGCAUCUGCGGGGUCUCGGGUGGUAUACGACAUUUUACCUCACAGUCCUGGCUUCAGUUUUGCCAGCAAGCUUUACAAUGUGCCACAAGAUGAAAUCCGGCUUGACGAGGCACCAAAGCCUGUGGUGCACCCGGCGCUCUUGCUGUAUUUCGACGGCUUCGAUGGUACCAACCACAUCCCAUCCGACGCUUUGGCAGCUCGAUACCCAACUGACGUCACUACAAAACCUAAAGAUGCCGAUACCGUUGUCGCUACCCCGUCGAUCAUCCAGCUCCAAUCCGCCGACGAAGAAAAUUUGCUGAUGUACUUGCGGUGCGAUGAUAGCACCAUUGUCCAGUUUGCCAUGGCCAGUCUGGAGGGAAUGUGGCUCGGAGAAUGUGGAUACAGUGCGCAAAACCAAGUGCAGCGUGCAGUGGAGCUUGCAGGCGGUGAGAAAUGGGAUGAAGCUCGCGAAAUGCUCGAACAAGUCGUGCAAGAGUCUUCAGCAUUUGCAUACGCUUGGAACAAACUUGCCAUGGUGGAGUAUCAGAAUGGCAACUUUGGCAAAGCACUCGGCCACUACGAGACUGCAAUCAAGUUGAAGCCACAACUGAUCGAGGCACUUGUUGGUCUUGGAACAUGCGCCACAAGACUCCAGCGUUGGAGUUUAGUGCACCGCGCUGCUGUCCAGUUGCUAGAAGUGCAACCACGCAACGACACUGCGCGGAUGCUGAUCGAACAAGCCGUAUACGCCACCUUGUAGGCAACAAGCUGACUUUAAACCUUUAAUGCCACAAAAAUGCAUCAUUU